CUGGGCCCGUAUUCUACAUACCGUCAUAACUUCUUCUGACGGUCAUAGCGGAACAAAAUGGCGCAUUUCAGACAUAACUCCGUCAGAAACUCUUAUGGUCGACCAUAAACUCUUAUGGACGACCAUAAAAUUGCGCGGGACGCUGAGGUCGGGUUCACCCUGUCAUAACUCUGCUUAUGACCGUCAGAAGCGCGUCAACAUGGCAGCCCCACGUCAACACGCUCCCCAGCCUUUUCGAAGAAGAGACGUACUGAACGAGCUCAGCGAUGCUGAGCUUAUCAGAAGAUACAGAUUUGACAAGGAAGGUAUUUUGUACGUCACUAAUCUUGUGAGGGAAGCCUUGUCAAGUGACACCAAGAGGAGAAACCCACUCACCCCGGAGAUGAAGGUGAUCAUCACACUGCGGUAUCUUGCCACGGGAAAAAUGCAAAUGUGUAGCAGCGACGACCUCGGCCCAUCACAGCCCAGCAUCAGCAGAGCCAUCACCCAGACCAUUGACGCCCUUGCAAACGUGAAUAUUCUCAAGCAGUUCAUCAGCUUCCCCACCACCCAAGACGUUACUGAGGCGAACAAGGCAGACUUCCUCACCAUUGCAAAUUUUCCCGGGGUUAUUGGUGUCGUUGAUGGGACACACGUAAGGAUUGUGGCACCAAAGGAGGAGGAAGACGUGUUUGUCAACCGCAAGGGAUAUCACAGUAUUAAUGUGCAGGUCAUAUUCGAUGCCAACUAUCGAAUACUGGAUAUCCUAGCGAAGUGGCCUGGCUCAGUGCAUGAUGCACGUAUUUUGAAUGGCUGUGGAGUGGCAGAAUUGUUCCAGAGAGGGCAUGUGCCACCAGGUAGUCACUUGUUGGGAGACAGUGGCUAUCCCAGCAAGCCAUGGCUCCUGACACCUUACCUGCGACCUCUGCCUGGACCUCAGUCACGCUAUAAUAGGGCCCACAAACGGACACGGAGUGUUGUGGAACGGGGGAUAGGACAGCUCAAGCGCCGCUUUCAUGUCCUACACAGCGAGGUCCGAGUAACUCCCCCGGUGAAGGUGUGCAAGCUGAUACAUGUAUGCGGCAUGCUCCACAACAUCUGCAAGGACAGGAAGAUGCCCAGUCCUCUCGAUGCGGCUCAACCUAACGCUGAAGAAGUGGAUCUUGCCAUGGCACAACCUGAAGCUCCUGUGAAGGCCCGAGCACAAGCCGCCACCUCUGCGGCUGCCUUCAUGGCCCGUGCAGCCUCCUCCCAGCCUGUGCAGCUGCUGCUGUAG